UCGCGACAUCUCCUCCAAAUCUCCAAGAGAAGGUGAAUCACACAAUCACACACGCGCUCUGACGCUCCCCUGUUGAUGUUCUGCGCUUGCGCGGUGCGUCGAUGUCAGAACUGAGGUACCGAGCUGCUGUUACUGGAGCCGAGCCGAACAGAACCCCCAUAGCCAGUCCGAUCCGACCCACCAGAACCAGUAGAGGUUCCCCAUCGACGGAGAGGAGCCGGCCUGGCCCGGAGCACCGGGAGUCCGGCGGAGAGAGACGAACCGGGCCGAAGCAGCCACCGUAGAGACGGAGGUGGGCUCACUGCAGAACAAGGACCAGACGGAGUCCAGAACACAGCCAGGCGCUCUCAGUGCAGGAGCUUCCGGAACCAGGGUCCAGAUGAGGUUCCGGUUUUGUUCCGCAGGCUGACCCAUCUCCUGAUGUCCUCACAGCUGUCUCACCUGGCAGUCUGAACCCAGGGUUUACUGCGCCCUUCCACAGGCGGCAUCCGCAUCUGGAGGACAAUCUGGGACAGAAACCAACAAACAGGAUCUAAUAAAUAACAUCUGGAGGAGACAGGAGAACACCCGGAAGACAUCCAGGGAUUUGGACAAAACCUCAGCAGGAGACCUACAGACGGAAACAUCUGGAAGACACUGAGAGGCGAGGCGUUGUAAGGUUCCAUGUAACCGGACUGGCAGACAUGGACCUGCACCGUUGGACCUGCUUCCCAAUCCUCGCCGUCCUCGUGCUGGUUCUGGUCCAGGUCGUGGUCCAGGCCCGCUCCGCGGCAGCAGGACGCGCUGACAGGAACUCCAUCGAGGACGCCACGGUGAACGCCACCGUGAUGGACCGAGGGUCCUCCGUCCACAUGAUGAGCAGUGAGGACGGGACGUACGGGCAGGACUCUCCCAAGAUGGACGCCCGGGGCAUUGUCCUCACGCCGGCGCCGCAUCAUGGAGUGGUGGACCGGCAGGGCUGCGACCCAAACACCCGCUUCCUGGUUCCGCCCCGCAGCAUCCACUGGGUGGCUCUGCUGCAGCGAGGGAACUGCACCUUCAGGGAGAAGAUCCUGAAGGCGGCCGCCUACAACGCCACGGCGGUUCUGGUCUACAACAACUCCACUGACAAGACCGUCAAGAUGGGCCACGAAGGUACGGGCGACAUCGUGGCGGUGAUGAUCACGGAGGCGUACGGGAAGGAGAUCCUGGCCCACCUGGACCGGAACCUGACGGUUCUGGCCUCUCUGGGUUUCCGUAGUCCCAGCAGGAACCUGAACCGCGGAUCGCUCGUCUUCGUCUCCGUCUCCUUCAUCGUCCUCAUGAUCAUCUCCUCCGCCUGGCUCGUCUUCUACUUCAUCCAGAAAAUCCGCUACGGCGCCGGCCGCCACCGCAGCCAGCGUCGCCUAGGAGACGCAGCCAAGAAAGCCAUCGGGAAGCUGACGACGAGGACAGUGAAGAAAGGAGACAAGGAAACGGACCCGGACUUCAACCACUGCGCCGUGUGCAUCGAGGCGUACCAGCUCAACGAUGUGGUCCGGAUUCUGCCCUGCAAACACGUCUUCCAUAAGGUGUGCGUGGAUCCUUGGCUGAACGAACACUGCACCUGUCCCAUGUGCAAACUCAACAUCCUCAAAGCCCUGGGCAUCAUGACCAGUCUGCCCUGCGUGGACACUGUGGUUCUGGAUGUGGAGCGUCUGGGAGUCGGUCAGACAUCCGGCAGCCAGAGGGCGCCGCUGAGCGACCAGAACCAGCCGUCCAUCAGCCUGGAGCCUCUCAGUCCCCCCCAUGUUGAGACCGCGCCCAGAAUGCCCGCUGACAUCACCGUGGCCGUAACCAGUGGAGGUCACUUCUUCAACAGGAACUCCAUGUCUCCUCGGAGCAACGUCUGCGAGAUGGAGCUGCCGGACAUCCAGGCGUCACUCGAUCUCCACGACAACAACAAGUCCUGAGACCGGUCGCCAUGGUUACAACCGCACACUGACACCAAUCCCCCUGCCGAUGGACAGAAAAACCGCCAUGGACCCGCAAAGUCCUGCCGGGGGGGUUCUUGUUGGGAUGUGGGGUUGGAAAGUCGGAUAGCGACCGCCUUCAGCCACAGAAAGACUUUACUGACGUUCCCGACAAUCCCAAGGUUUCAAACUUUGGUCCUGUUCCUUUAAAGCUCCUCUCCUGUUUCUGGAUCAGAACCACCCUCCCUCACUUUUCAGUGUCUGUGGAAAUGACUAGGAUGUAAAACUUUGGGUUUCUUUCAGGUUCCCACAUGUGUUCUAGAUGCUAAAUAACUCUGAAAAGCCAAAACGUUCCGGUAAAGUCGUUAAGAUUCCCAGUGCAGUCGCUGGGAAUGUUUUCUUGUGCCUGAAGAGAUUUGGGUCUCUUGCUUAAAGGUUCUAACUUUCAGAAGUGCUGAGCCUCGGUUCUGAAAAUGAUACUGUUUUUUUCUGGAUCAAUUCCUCAAGACCUGAUCAGUUUCUGCAAAAAUUUGAUCAAGGAAUCCGGAGAUCAGGAACGUCUCUGAAACCUUCCUUUGGAUACAUCGUUCCUACAAACGUUCCUGAGAGAGCGACAAGUAAUCCUGCAGUUUCAUGGGAAAGUUCCUGAAAAGGUUCUGCGUUAUUUAGGUUCUCUCUGCUGGCUCUUCCAAAGGUUCGCUGCUUUAGGACCUGGAUCAGCGCCUUCCGGGUCAUCUUGGGGAACAGAACCAGAUACUGUCCCAAAUCUGGAUGGGGAUGGAGCAGAACCUUCAGAACAUCUCAGAGAGCCUCAGGUGGUCCAGGUUCUGGAACAUCUUUGUCUCUGAAGGGAAGCUCACAGAGUCCAGGAACAGAUCAGGUUCCUGGAGUUUCUGGCGGGGCUCAGACUGAGGGGGCGGAGCUCAGUCUUCAGGAGGGGCGGCGUUCUGCUGGAAGGGGCAGAGCCUUUGAAGAGGGGCGGGGCUCCAGGAGCCAUAUUGUUCCUGUUCUAAAAUGUUCCUGGUGUUCCAGCAGGGAAUCCCGGUGAGGACGCUUCCUUCAGGGAUGGACUGCUGCUUUCAAUUGUAUUCUGAAUAACUCAGCGUGUAUUAAUACUAAUAAUCAGUAUAUAAACAGCAUUAAACAACCUAUACUCCGAUUGGUUCAGCAGUAAUAAGUGACCUGAAAAUGUCCUGAGACGCUGAGCUGCUGUCCACGUCUCUCUGUCCGUCCAUUUCUCUGUCUGCAUCUGUCUCUGAUGAUGAUGAUGGUGGUGGGGGUCCUCUGUGUGUUUACUGCUGCAGCAUCAUGUCUGAUUAAAUGUCAUUAAAGCUUCUGCUGCAUUCACUCUACA